GCCCCUUCGCCCUUGGUACAGCCUUCCUUUCCUCCACUGUGCCGUAUGGUAAUCGGGUGACAUCAGCCCGCUCCCGGGCGGCUGCUGAUUAUAUUACAAACCAGCAGAAAGGUCUGAGGUGUGCGCGGCUCYUGGGAGCGCCGGCCAGGGCGGCAGCGCGUGGCUCCAUGCUGCCUUUACUUCGGACUGAAUCGCACGCUUACUUUUAUUUUACUUGGUUUUGCCAGAGCCAGACGAGCAUUUGAACCAGAUUUGAGCACUUGAGAGUUGCCUGUCGUGGAACUGGGAAAAAAAAAAAACCCACAAAAAAACCACCCUCCUGGUGCUUUAAGUUUGAAUCCAUUACAGAGAGCUUACCGCCAAGCCACACUGCUGGAUUUUGAACCGAAGCUGUUAUUUACUUAGGGCUCAGGGGGGAGCGUUUUUUGCUAGGGACUGACGCCAAACUACUGAGGAAGCUGGGAUUUACCUGGAUGUAUGGUAAAGAAACUUGUGGUUCCUUUAUGCUGCAGUUCAUCGUAUCCCUGCGUUACCUGUAAAUGGAAUUACAAAAAUCAACCAGUAUGCCCSGGCCGUUGUCCCCAGGAUAUGCAGCUCAGGUGCCGUAUAACUAUAACCAGUUAGAAGGACGAUUCAAACAGUUACAAGAUGAACGUGAGGCAGUUCAGAAGAAGACCUUCACAAAGUGGGUGAAUUCCCACUUGGCUCGUGUGUCCUGCCGAAUUACAGACCUGUACACUGACCUUCGAGAUGGAAGGAUGCUCAUCAAACUCCUGGAAGUUCUUUCAGGAGAGAGACUUCCUAAACCAACUAAAGGAAGGAUGCGCAUCCAUUGCCUGGAGAAUGUGGAUAAAGCCCUCCAGUUCCUGAAAGAGCAACGAGUGCACCUGGAAAACAUGGGAUCUCAUGAUAUUGUGGAUGGGAAUCACAGGCUGACACUUGGCCUUAUUUGGACUAUUAUCCUGAGAUUCCAGAUCCAAGAUAUCAGCGUUGAAACUGAGGACAACAAAGAGAAGAAAUCUGCUAAAGAUGCUUUGCUUUUGUGGUGCCAGAUGAAAACAGCUGGGUACCCCAAUGUCAAUAUCCACAACUUUACAACAAGCUGGAGGGAUGGGAUGGCGUUCAAUGCACUGAUCCAUAAGCACAGGCCUGAUCUGAUUGAUUUUGACAAGUUGAAGAAAUCAAAUGCACACUACAAUCUGCAGAAUGCUUUUAACCUUGCAGAGCAGCACCUUGGUCUUACCAAGCUCCUGGACCCCGAGGAUAUCAGUGUUGAUCAUCCUGAUGAAAAGUCAAUCAUCACCUAUGUGGUGACAUAUUACCACUACUUCUCCAAGAUGAAAGCUUUGGCUGUUGAAGGAAAACGUAUCGGAAAGGUGCUUGACAAUGCCAUUGAAACAGAGAAAAUGAUAGAGAAAUAYGAGUCCCUGGCUUCUGACCUGCUGGAGUGGAUUGAGCAAACCAUUAUCAUCCUCAACAAUCGCAAAUUUGCCAACUCCCUGGUUGGGGUGCAGCAGCAGCUGCAGGCRUUCAACACUUACCGCACAGUGGAGAAACCACCCAAAUUUACAGAAAAAGGAAACCUGGAAGUGCUSCUUUUUACCAUUCAAAGCAAAAUGAGAGCCAACAAUCAGAAAGUGUACAUGCCGAGGGAGGGCAAACUCAUCUCUGAUAUUAACAAGGCCUGGGAAAGACUGGAAAAAGCUGAACAUGAAAGAGAACUGGCACUGCGAAAUGAGCUCAUCAGACAAGAGAAACUGGAACAACUUGCACGGAGAUUCGAUCGCAAGGCAGCUAUGAGAGAAACUUGGCUGAGUGAAAAUCAACGUCUCGUUUCUCAGGACAAUUUUGGCUUUGACCUCCCAGCAGUGGAGGCUGCCACAAAGAAGCACGAGGCCAUCGAGACAGACAUCGCAGCAUACGAGGAGCGAGUCCAGGCCGUGGUGGCGGUGGCAAAGGAGCUCGAGACUGAAAACUACCAUGACAUCAAACGCAUCACUGCAAGGAAGGACAAUGUUAUUCGCCUGUGGGAGUAUCUCCUGGAGCUGCUCCGGGCACGGAGACAGCGGCUGGAGAUGAACCUUGGGCUGCAGAAGAUUUUCCAGGAAAUGCUGUACAUUAUGGACUGGAUGGACGAGAUGAAGGUGCUUCUGCUAUCCCAAGACUAUGGCAAACAUUUGUUGGGAGUUGAAGACCUGCUGCAGAAACAUGCUCUGGUGGAAGCUGACAUUGCUAUUCAGGCUGAGAGAGUGAGAGGGGUCAAUGCCUCUGCUCAGAAGUUUGCCACCGAUGGAGAAGCAGGUUACAAGCCCUGUGACCCGCAGGUGAUCAGGGACCGUGUGGCUCACAUGGAGUUCUGCUACCAGGAGCUCUGCCAGCUCGCAGCUGAGCGCCGCGCACGCCUUGAGGAGUCCCGGCGCCUCUGGAAAUUCUUCUGGGAAAUGGCUGAAGAGGAGGGCUGGAUCAGGGAGAAGGAGCAGAUCCUGUCAUCUGAUGACUAUGGCAAGGAUCUAACCAGUGUCGUCCGACUCUUGAGUAAACACAAGGCGUUUGAGGACGAGAUGAGUGGCCGCAGUGGCCACUUUCAGCAGGCGAUAAAAGAAGGUGAAGACAUGAUUGCGGAAGAGCAUUUUGGGUCUGAGAAGAUCAGAGAAAGAAUUAAGGAUAUCCGGGAGCAGUGGGCUAACCUGGAGCAGUUAUCUGCCAUUAGGAAGAAGCGGCUGGAAGAAGCCUCUCUCCUUCACCAGUUCCAGGCUGAUGCUGACGAUAUUGAUGCAUGGAUGUUGGACAUCCUCAAGAUUGUYUCCAGCAAUGAUGUUGGCCAUGAUGAAUAUUCCACUCAGUCCUUGGUCAAGAAACACAAAGAUGUGUCUGAGGAGAUUGCGAGCUACCGGCCGACCAUCGACUCUCUUCAUGAGCAGGCCAAGGCCCUGCCACAGGAGCAUGCGGGGUCUCCAGAUGUCCAAGGCAGGUUGUCUGGAAUUGAGGAGAGAUACAAAGAGGUUGCUGAGCUGACCCGGCUGCGUAAACAGGCCCUGCAGGAUACUCUUGCUCUGUAUAAGAUGUUCAGUGAGGCAGAUGCUUGUGAGCUUUGGAUCGACGAAAAGGAGAAGUGGUUGAACAACAUGCAGAUUCCAGAGAAGCUGGAGGACCUGGAAGUGAUCCAGCACAGGUUUGAAAGYUUAGAGCCAGAAAUGAACAACCAGGCGUCUCGCGUGGCUGUGGUGAACCAGAUUGCCAGGCAGCUGAUGCACAGUGGCCACCCUGGUGAGAAGAUCAAAGCACAGCAAGACAGACUCAACACAAGGUGGAGCCAGUUCAGAGAACUGGUAGAUAGGAAGAAGGAUGCUCUGCUCUCUGCUCUGAGUAUCCAGAACUACCAUCUUGAAUGUAAUGAAACCAAAUCCUGGAUCAGGGAAAAGACCAAAGUGAUUGAAUCCACACAAGACCUGGGUAAUGACCUGGCUGGAGUGAUGGCCCUGCAGAGGAAGCUGACAGGCAUGGAACGGGACCUGGUGGCCAUCGAAGCCAAACUCAGUGACCUGCAGAAGGAGGCAGAGAAGCUGGAAUCAGAGCAUCCUGACCAGGCACAAGCCAUCCUUUCACGGCUUGCAGAGAUCAAUGACGUCUGGGAAGAAAUGAAGACCACCCUGAAGAACCGGGAAGAGUCCCUGGGAGAGGCCAGCAAGCUGCAGCAGUUCCUGAGAGAUCUGGACGACUUCCAGUCCUGGCUCUCCAGAACACAGACUGCAAUCGCCUCCGAAGAUAUGCCCAACACCCUGACAGAGGCUGAGAAGCUGCUCACUCAGCACGAGAAUAUCAAGAAUGAAAUCAACAACUACGAGGAAGAUUAUCAGAAGAUGAGGGACAUGGGUGAGAUGGUGACACAAGGGCAAACCGACGCUCAGUACAUGUUCCUACGCCAGCGCCUACAGGCUUUGGACACUGGAUGGAAUGAGCUUCACAAAAUGUGGGAGAACAGGCAAAAUCUCCUUUCCCAGUCUCAUGCCUACCAGCUGUUUCUCAGAGAUACCAAGCAAGCAGAAGCUUUCCUUAAUAACCAGGAAUACGUUCUGGCACACACAGAAAUGCCCACUACCUUGGAAGGAGCAGAAGCUGCUAUUAAAAAGCAGGAGGAUUUCAUGACCACAAUGGAUGCCAAUGAAGAAAAGAUCAAUGCAGUUGUGGAGACAGGCAGGAGGCUCGUUAGUGAUGGGAACAUUAACUCUGACAAAAUCCAGGAGAAAGUGGACUCCAUUGAUGACAGACAUAGGAAGAACCGUGAAGCAGCCAGUGAACUUUUGAUGAGACUGAAAGAUAACAGGGAUCUCCAAAAGUUUCUUCAGGAUUGCCAAGAGCUCUCCCUCUGGAUCAAUGAGAAGAUGCUCACAGCCCAGGAUAUGUCCUAUGAUGAGGCGAGGAACCUGCACAGCAAGUGGCUGAAGCACCAGGCAUUCAUGGCAGARCUUGCAUCCAACAAAGAGUGGCUGGAGAAGAUUGAAAAGGAGGGAAUGCAGCUCAUUGCAGAGAAACCAGAGACCGAGGCCGUGGUGAAGGAGAAGCUGACAGGUCUCCACCAAAUGUGGGACGAGCUUGAAUCCACCACCCAGACCAAGGCUCAGCGUCUCUUCGAUGCAAACAAGGCAGAGCUUUUCACCCAGAGCUGUGCAGACCUGGAUAAGUGGCUGAAUGGUUUGGAGAGCCAAAUCCAGUCAGAUGACUACGGGAAAGAUCUCACCAGUGUCAACAUCCUGUUGAAGAAGCAGCAGAUGCUGGAGAAUCAAAUGGAUGUCCGUAAGAAGGAGAUAGAGGAGCUGCAAAGCCAGGCAAGGGCUUUGAGUCAAGAGGGCAAGAGCACAGAUGAAGUCGAUGGCAAACGCCUUACUGUAGAAAAGAAAUUCUUGGAGUUGCUGGAGCCUUUGAAUGAGAGAAAGGCCAACCUGCUGGCCUCCAAAGAGAUCCACCAGUUCAACCGGGAUGUGGAAGAUGAAAUUUUGUGGGUUGGAGAGAGGAUGCCCAUUGCUACAUCUACUGAUCAUGGACACAACCUCCAGACUGUGCAGCUACUAAUAAAGAAGAAUCAGACUCUUCAGAAAGAAAUCCAGGGCCACCAGCCUCGUAUUGAUGACAUUUUUGAGAGGAGUCAGAACAUUAUAACYGAGAGCAGCCCCAAUGCUGAAGUCAUUCAGCAGAGACUUUCAGACUUGAAGCAGCUGUGGAACCUCCUCAUUGAGGAGACGGAGAAGCGCCACAAGCGCCUGGAGGAGUCUCACAGAGCUCAGCAGUAUUACUUYGAUGCAGCUGAGGCUGAGGCCUGGAUGAGUGAGCAGGAGCUCUACAUGAUGUCAGAAGAGAAAGCCAAGGAUGAACAGAGUGCAGUGUCCAUGCUAAAGAAACACCAGAUUUUGGAACARGCUGUAGAAGAUUAUGCUGAAACUGUGCACCAGCUUUCAAAGACCAGCAGAACUUUGGUGGCAGAUAAUCACCCAGAAAGCGAGCGAAUCAGCAUGCGCCAGUCCAAGGUGGACAAGCUCUAUGCAGGCCUGAAGGACCUCGCCGAGGAGAGAAGGGGCAAGCUGGACGAGAGGCACCGGCUGUUCCAGCUCAACCGGGAGGUGGAUGACCUGGAGCAGUGGAUUGCCGAGAGGGAGGUGGUGGCGGGGUCCCACGAGCUGGGCCAGGAUUACGAACAUGUCACGAUGCUGCAGGAGCGGUUCCGGGAAUUCGCCCGAGACACCGGGAACAUCGGGCAGGAGCGSGUGGAUACUGUCAACCACAUGGCGGAUGAACUCAUCAACUCCGGCCACUCGGACGCUGCCACAAUCGCCGAGUGGAAGGAUGGACUCAAUGAGGCCUGGGCAGAUCUCCUGGAGCUCAUUGACACGAGAACACARAUCCUUGCAGCCUCUUAUGAACUGCACAAAUUUUACCACGAUGCCAAGGAGAUCUUAGGACGUAUCCAAGACAAACAUAAGAAACUGCCCGAGGAGCUUGGUAGAGACCAAAACACGGUGGAAACACUACAGAGAAUGCACACGACGUUUGAGCACGAUAUCCAGGCCCUGGGCACCCAGGUGCGACAACUUCAGGAGGAUGCAGCUCGCCUCCAAGCUGCCUAUGCUGGGGACAAGGCCGAUGACAUCCAAAAGAGGGAAAAUGAGGUUCUAGAGGCAUGGAAGGCACUGCUGGAUGCCUGUGAGGGCCGCAGGGUGCGGCUGGUGGACACCGGAGACAAAUUCCGCUUCUUCAGCAUGGUUCGGGAUCUCAUGCUCUGGAUGGAAGAUGUUAUCCGGCAGAUAGAAGCCCAGGAAAAGCCAAGGGAUGUUUCAUCCGUGGAACUCCUCAUGAACAAUCACCAAGGAAUCAAAGCGGAAAUUGAUGCCCGAAAUGACAGCUUCACCACGUGCAUUGAACUUGGCAAGUCUCUGCUGGCCAGGAAACACUACGCAUCUGAGGAGAUCAAGGAAAAGCUCCUGCAGCUGACAGAAAAGAGAAAAGAAAUGAUUGACAAGUGGGAAGACAGAUGGGAGUGGCUGAGACUGAUUUUGGAGGUGCACCAAUUCUCCAGAGAUGCAAGCGUGGCUGAGGCCUGGCUGCUGGGACAGGAGCCCUACCUGUCCAGUCGUGAAAUAGGGCAGAGCGUUGAUGAAGUGGAAAAAUUAAUCAAGCGGCACGAAGCGUUUGAGAAAUCUGCAGCUACCUGGGACGAGAGAUUUGCAGCGCUGGAGAGACUGACCACGUUGGAACUGCUGGAAGUCCGUCGGCAGCAAGAGGAGGAGGAGCGGAAGAGGAAGCCGCCCACUCCAGAGUCCAAGGUUGCAGAGGAUGGAGACUCCCAGCAGCAAUGGGAUGGGACAAAAGGAGAACAGGUUUCCCAAAAUGGUUUGCCUUCAGACCAGGAAUCUCCACGGGUGGCAGAAACUGCAGAAACUAAYGAAAUGGUCAAUGGAGCUGCAGAACAGAGGACAAGUUCCAAAGAGUCCAGUCCCGUUCCCUCCCCGACGUCAGACCGCAAAGCCAAGAGCGGCGUUCAGGCCCAGACUGCUGCUACCCUCCCGGCCAAAACCCAGGAGAUCCCCUCAGCCCAGAUGGAAGGCUUCUUACACCGCAAGCACGAGUGGGAGACACACAGCAAGAAAGCCUCCAGCAGGUCAUGGCAUAACGUGUACUGUGUCAUAAACAACCAAGAGAUGGGCUUCUACAAGGACUCGAAAGCUGCUGCUUCUGGCAUCCCCUAYCACAACGAGAUCCCUGUCAGCUUGAAGGACGCGGUCUGUGAAGUAGCAGUCGAUUACAAAAAGAAAAAGCAUGUGUUCAAGCUCAGAUUGACCGAUGGCAAUGAAUACCUCUUCCAAGCCAAAGAUGAUGAGGAGAUGAACACGUGGAUUCAGGCCAUCACAUCAGCAAUCUCUUCAGACAAAAUCGAAGUGUCCCCGACCACCCAGAGCACUCCAGCCUCCAGCCGUGCCCAGACCCUGCCUGCCAGCGUCACAAUAACCAGCGAGUCUAGCCCUGGCAAGCGGGAGAAAGACAAAGAGAAAGACAAAGAGAAAAGAUUCAGCCUUUUUGGUAAAAAGAAGUGAAUUCCAUCUCCACACACUGCACUUCUCUGACCGUUCCAGUGGAAUUCCAGCAUGCGAGCUCAGAACCAAUACGUUACUCUCUGUGCCUCAUGUUCCUCAAUGUGAUUGACAUUUUUUUAUUUAUAGAGCGUUUUAAAAUAAAAAAGCCAACAAAAAAAAAAGAAUCUAAAGUUACAAACGUAUGAGGUGCAUUGGGCAGCUUCUGUGGGAGAGGGAGGACCAGGUUUUGGGGUUUGUUUUUGUUUUUGUUUGUUGGUUUGUUUUUUUUUUAAAUGAAGUUAAUGUAGAUUAGAUCUUAAUAUUUAAACUGUUCCUCAAUUUUGUGAGGCUGUCUUGGAAAAUAACCCACUCCUAGUGCUAUUGGUAUGCAAGGCAGCGGUGCUUUCGAAUCUACUGUGCACAUGAGAAACCAAUGUACAAAUUCUGAAAGGCAUUCACUUCCAGUUAAGGUUGUUAUGCUGAGUCCUGACUAGUAGAGCCUCCCCUUGCGAUUCUAACAGGAAUUAAAGUGGUAGUGUGUUCUCUUUGCUGUAACAGAGUGCAGGUAUGCGUUGACUCACAGCCCAACGUUGGUAUUAACACCAUCCGAAGCGUCCCGGCAUCAAGUACGACAGAUAAGAAUGUUGGUGUUCAAGAUGGAUUAACAGGCUGGUACAGUUUUAAAUAAGCUGUAAUUUCAAAUUUCUUUCUUUUUUUUUUUUCCAAAAUACAUUAUAUUGUAUGUUUCAGAUAAUUCUAGUACAAAGUAUAAUAAGACUAGAUGUAUAAUAAACCCUUUAAAAUCAUCGAUAAGUGUAAAAGUGGAACUGAAGCAUUUACUGGAAAAGUAAUGUUACUCAAAUGGUUACUUGCUUGUCAGCUGCAGCACUGUGUGUUAUAAUUUUGCUACAUUACCUUGCUCUUUGAUACAUAGUGUGCAUUUCUGUCACUGUAACUAUUGUAAUGAAAAAUUUUCAUCUUACUGCACAAUCAAAAAUUACAUUUAAUAGGAAUGAACUUUCAAUGACUGGGCCUGUAGUCAAGAGUAGUACUGGAACUGGCUUUCAGUUGUAUCGAACUGUACCUCUAGACUUUUACCCUAUCUGUUAAAUAUAUGCGAUGUCAUUAAAUGCUUUUAAAACUAAAUUUGCUGGGUAAGUUUCUUAUUUCAUUUCUGAUGAUGUUAAACAUAAUUUUGAAAGAGGAUCAAAAAUAAAGUUAUUUUAAAAUGUCA